AUGCGUCGCGGGAACAACGGACAUCCGCGUUUGAGACGUCCCGAAGAAAGGUCGCGCUGUGGGGGAACGGGGAUCACGGACGGCUGGGGCUGGGGAGCAAAGCGGGGGAGAGCAGCAGGGAGAACGGGAAAGGCGGAGGGUGGUGGGGAUGGGGGAGAGUUGGGAGGGAAAAUGGCGGAGCGGAAGCGGAUAGCAAUGAGGAUGGUGUACAGCACAGGUCUCAACGACCAAGGGCAGCUGGGGCUGGGUGACUCAAACUCUCCACCGUACGUCUCUUCGCCCAAAGAGGUGGUCGGCUUCGAUCGGCCUGUAGUGGCCAUUGCAGCUGCUGCCUUCCACUCAGCAGCCAUAGAUGAGGCCGGCCAAAUGUAUUUGUGGGGCGGCAAUGCCGCCCGCCAGCUUGGACUCGGCUCACGCGCCCCAUCCAAGGUGCAUUCGCCGCGUGUGCCUGAGGCGCUGGUGGGAGUGCGCAUUCAACACAUGGCCCUGGGGGGACAGCACACCCUCGCUGUUACAGCCGACGGGCAGCUGCUGUCAUGGGGAAAGGGCCUGCUGGGCCACGGUCCCCUGCCGCUCUUCUCCCGCCUCUCCAGGAAAUCCAGUGAGUCCAUCCCUCGGCUCGUUAAGGCCAUGGCAAGCACCAAGGUCGUUCAUGUAGCAGCAGGCUUGAUGCACUCGGCAUGUGUUGACGACAGCGGCCGCCUCUUCAUGUUUGGAGGCAACAGAUUCUCUCAGCUGGGGCUGGGGGAUGAGAAGGAUCGGGAGGAACCAGUGGAGCUGACAUCUCUGCAGCAUGCUGUAACGGAUGUGGCAUGUGGUGGUUACCACACUGCUGCUGUCACAGGCGCGGGUCACCUAUUCACAUGGGGAGCGAACGAGUAUGGCUGCCUUGGCCACGGCCCUCGCCAUGCACCCUCAUCAGCAGUCCCAGUGAGGGUGGCAGGCAGUUUGGCAGGGAAGCAGGUGCUUCAGGUGUCAUGUGGAUGGAAGCACACUGCUGCUAUUGCUAGUGGUGCUGAUGAGGGUGAAGGGCAAUCAUUGCGGGCGGCAACGGUCGGCAAGCUGUACACAUGGGGUUGGGGCGGUUCCCAAGGAUCGCAUGCAGUGGAAUCAAGGUCCACAGGAGGCCAAUUGUUCUCCCGCGGAUCCAAGGACCGCGCGCAGACCACCCCCGCGUUCGAAUCCUUUAAGAACAACUACCUGCUCGUGUACUGCCUCAUGAUGGCGGGCGAUUGGCUGCAGGGGCCGUACGUGUACGCGCUGUACCAGCACUACGGGUACGACAAGGGCGACAUCGGCCGCCUCUUCAUCGCUGGAUUCGGGUCCUCCAUGGUCUUUGGCACCAUCGUGGGGUCGCUGGCAGACCGCCAUGGGCGUCGCCUGGCCUGCGUGCUCUACUGCAUUACAUACAUCCUGAGCUGUCUCACCAAGCACUUCCCGGCCUUCUCCAUCCUCGUGCUGGGUCGUGUGCUGGGCGGCAUAGCCACCUCGCUGCUCUUCUCCUCCUUUGAGUCCUGGCUCGUCGCUGAGCACUUUGCUCGGGGUUUUGAGCCGCCCUGGUUGUCGAUCACAUUCUCCAAAGCCAUCUUCCUGGGAAAUGGGCUCGUGGCGAUACUUUCAGGCCUGGUGGCCAACGUGCUGGUAACAGACCUCAACCUUGGCCCAGUAGCGCCCUUUGAUGCCGCAUCAGUGCUACUAGCAGGGGGAAUGGCGGUGAUAGUGGGCACGUGGAGUGAGAACUACGGGGACUCUGACCAGUCGCACGGGCUGCUGCUGCAGUUCCAACUCGCCUACCAUGCCAUCGCCUCAGAUGAGAAGAUUGCCAUUCUAGGAGCCAUCCAGUCGCUCUUCGAGGCCAGCAUGUACACGUUCGUGUUCCUCUGGACGCCAGCGCUCGCCCCUUCACAGCAGGCCAUACCGCACGGCUUCAUCUUCUCGCUCUUCAUGCUCGCAUCCAUGCUCGGCUCCUCCCUGGCCUCCCGCCUCAUGGGCCGUGCGGGGCUGAAGGUCGAGGUCUACAUGCAGGCUGUCUUCGCCAUCUCCUCGCUCUCGCUGCUCCUUCCGUGCAUCGUCAAUCUCCCUCAUGCCAUCGUCUUCACAUUCUCUCCCUCCAUCUCCCCUUCCCGUUCCCGCCCAGUGGUUCUUGGAGCCCCACCUCAUUCAUCCGAAGGUCUGCAGUGUGUGCAUGCGAGCACAGUGCCUGCCAGAGGAGUCCCCUCCACCAUCAUGAACAUCUUCCGCGUCCCGCUCAACGUGUUCGUCUGCCUUGUGCUCUACCACCAUUCUCCUUGUUACUCCCCUUCCACCGUGUCUCCUUGUUACUCCCCUUCCACCGUGUCUCCUUGUUACUCCCCUUCCACCGUGUCUCCUUGUUACUCCCCUUCCACCGUGUCUCCUUGUUACUCCCCUUCCACCGUGUCUCCUUGUUACUCCCCUUCCACCGUGUCUCCUUGUUACUCCCCUUCCACCGUGUCUCCUUGUUACUCCCCUUCCACCGUGUCUCCUUGUUACUCCCCUUCCACCGUGUCUCCUUGUUACUCCCCUUCCACCGUGUCUCCUUGUUACUCCCCUUCCACCGUGUCUCCUUGUUACUCCCCUUCCACCGUGUCUCCUUGUUACUCCCCUUCCACCGUGUCUCCUUGUUACUCCCCUUCCACCGUGUCUCCUUGUUACUCCCCUUCCACCGUGUCUCCUUGUUACUCCCCUUCCACCGUGUCUCCUUGUUACUCCCCUUCCACCGUGUCUCCUUGUUACUCCCCUUCCACCGUGUCUCCUUGUUACUCCCCUUCCACCGUGUCUCCUUGUUACUCCCCUUCCACCGUGUCUCCUUGUUACUCCCCUUCCACCGUGUCUCCUUGUUACUCCCCUUCCACCGUGUCUCCUUGUUACUCCCCUUCCACCGUGUCUCCUUGUUACUCCCCUUCCACCGUGUCUCCUUGUUACUCCCCUUCCACCGUGUCUCCUUGUUACUCCCCUUCCACCGUGUCUCCUUGUUACUCCCCUUCCACCGUGUCUCCUUGUUACUCCCCUUCCACCGUGUCUCCUUGUUACUCCCCUUCCACCGUGUCUCCUUGUUACUCCCCUUCCACCGUGUCUCCUUGUUACUCCCCUUCCACCGUGUCUCCUUGUUACUCCCCUUCCACCGUGUCUCCUUGUUACUCCCCUUCCACCGUGUCUCCUUGUUACUCCCCUUCCACCGUGUCUCCUUGUUACUCCCCUUCCACCGUGUCUCCUUGUUACUCCCCUUCCACCGUGUCUCCUUGUUACUCCCCUUCCACCGUGUCUCCUUGUUACUCCCCUUCCACCGUGUCUCCUUGUUACUCCCCUUCCACCGUGUCUCCUUGUUACUCCCCUUCCACCGUGUCUCCUUGUUACUCCCCUUCCACCGUGUCUCCUUGUUACUCCCCUUCCACCGUGUCUCCUUGUUACUCCCCUUCCACCGUGUCUCCUUGUUACUCCCCUUCCACCGUGUCUCCUUGUUACUCCCCUUCCACCGUGUCUCCUUGUUACUCCCCUUCCACCGUGUCUCCUUGUUACUCCCCUUCCACCGUGUCUCCUUGUUACUCCCCUUCCACCGUGUCUCCUUGUUACUCCCCUUCCACCGUGUCUCCUUGUUACUCCCCUUCCACCGUGUCUCCUUGUUACUCCCCUUCCACCGUGUCUCCUUGUUACUCCCCUUCCACCGUGUCUCCUUGUUACUCCCCUUCCACCGUGUCUCCUUGUUACUCCCCUUCCACCGUGUCUCCUUGUUACUCCCCUUCCACCGUGUCUCCUUGUUACUCCCCUUCCACCGUGUCUCCUUGUUACUCCCCUUCCACCGUGUCUCCUUGUUACUCCCCUUCCACCGUGUCUCCUUGUUACUCCCCUUCCACCGUGUCUCCUUGUUACUCCCCUUCCACCGUGUCUCCUUGUUACUCCCCUUCCACCGUGUCUCCUUGUUACUCCCCUUCCACCGUGUCUCCUUGUUACUCCCCUUCCACCGUGUCUCCUUGUUACUCCCCUUCCACCGUGUCUCCUUGUUACUCCCCUUCCACCGUGUCUCCUUGUUACUCCCCUUCCACCGUGUCUCCUUGUUACUCCCCUUCCACCGUGUCUCCUUGUUACUCCCCUUCCACCGUGUCUCCUUGUUACUCCCCUUCCACCGUGUCUCCUUGUUACUCCCCUUCCACCGUGUCUCCUUGUUACUCCCCUUCCACCGUGUCUCCUUGUUACUCCCCUUCCACCGUGUCUCCUUGUUACUCCCCUUCCACCGUGUCUCCUUGUUACUCCCCUUCCACCGUGUCUCCUUGUUACUCCCCUUCCACCGUGUCUCCUUGUUACUCCCCUUCCACCGUGUCUCCUUGUUACUCCCCUUCCACCGUGUCUCCUUGUUACUCCCCUUCCACCGUGUCUCCUUGUUACUCCCCUUCCACCGUGUCUCCUUGUUACUCCCCUUCCACCGUGUCUCCUUGUUACUCCCCUUCCACCGUGUCUCCUUGUUACUCCCCUUCCACCGUGUCUCCUUGUUACUCCCCUUCCACCGUGUCUCCUUGUUACUCCCCUUCCACCGUGUCUCCUUGUUACUCCCCUUCCACCGUGUCUCCUUGUUACUCCCCUUCCACCGUGUCUCCUUGUUACUCCCCUUCCACCGUGUCUCCUUGUUACUCCCCUUCCACCGUGUCUCCUUGUUACUCCCCUUCCACCGUGUCUCCUUGUUACUCCCCUUCCACCGUGUCUCCUUGUUACUCCCCUUCCACCGUGUCUCCUUGUUACUCCCCUUCCACCGUGUCUCCUUGUUACUCCCCUUCCACCGUGUCUCCUUGUUACUCCCCUUCCACCGUGUCUCCUUGUUACUCCCCUUCCACCGUGUCUCCUUGUUACUCCCCUUCCACCGUGUCUCCUUGUUACUCCCCUUCCACCGUGUCUCCUUGUUACUCCCCUUCCACCGUGUCUCCUUGUUACUCCCCUUCCACCGUGUCUCCUUGUUACUCCCCUUCCACCGUGUCUCCUUGUUACUCCCCUUCCACCGUGUCUCCUUGUUACUCCCCUUCCACCGUGUCUCCUUGUUACUCCCCUUCCACCGUGUCUCCUUGUUACUCCCCUUCCACCGUGUCUCCUUGUUACUCCCCUUCCACCGUGUCUCCUUGUUACUCCCCUUCCACCGUGUCUCCUUGUUACUCCCCUUCCACCGUGUCUCCUUGUUACUCCCCUUCCACCGUGUCUCCUUGUUACUCCCCUUCCACCGUGUCUCCUUGUUACUCCCCUUCCACCGUGUCUCCUUGUUACUCCCCUUCCACCGUGUCUCCUUGUUACUCCCCUUCCACCGUGUCUCCUUGUUACUCCCCUUCCACCGUGUCUCCUUGUUACUCCCCUUCCACCGUGUCUCCUUGUUACUCCCCUUCCACCGUGUCUCCUUGUUACUCCCCUUCCACCGUGUCUCCUUGUUACUCCCCUUCCACCGUGUCUCCUUGUUACUCCCCUUCCACCGUGUCUCCUUGUUACUCCCCUUCCACCGUGUCUCCUUGUUACUCCCCUUCCACCGUGUCUCCUUGUUACUCCCCUUCCACCGUGUCUCCUUGUUACUCCCCUUCCACCGUGUCUCCUUGUUACUCCCCUUCCACCGUGUCUCCUUGUUACUCCCCUUCCACCGUGUCUCCUUGUUACUCCCCUUCCACCGUGUCUCCUUGUUACUCCCCUUCCACCGUGUCUCCUUGUUACUCCCCUUCCACCGUGUCUCCUUGUUACUCCCCUUCCACCGUGUCUCCUUGUUACUCCCCUUCCACCGUGUUUCCUGCACUCCCCUCAAUGUCGCCCAACUCUAUCUAA